AUGGAAAGUCCAGAGAGGCCUCCAGGGGCCACUGGAGAUCCAGAAAUCAUGGGACCUGGAUCUGGGGUUGAUUCAUCGACACCCUCCCAGGAACCGUCACAGCUACCUCCAACUACCCGUGCACUGUUUGCAGGACUUGGAGACUGUCAGAAACAGUCCAAUGAACCUACUUUGAGCAACAGCGACGCUCUACAAGCGCCACGACAGACUGGAGAAACCCAACAAGCCCCAGGAACGAUCCUCGAGAAAAGGAAGGCCUCAAGGCUGAUUAUAGGAUCUCGGACUCCUAUAACUAGGUCUGGAUUGAGCGCGGCUCCGAAGAGGAAGAUUACACUUACCGCAAUGCGUGCAGCGAGUGCUCCUGCAGAGGAUAGCCUCCUGAUGGGCCUGAUCGAGGACCUCAACGGCCAUCUGCAAGAGGCGGUCCACCAGCUCUCCGCGGAGCUGACGACUGCCAGAAACGUGAUCAAUACCCAACAGGGCCUCAUUACUACCCUCAACGCUAGGCUAGAGAGCCUAGAGACCUACGUUAACGCCCUACAAAGCCGUCAGAUCCUACCACUCGACCCCUUCGCUGCAACGCGUGAGGUUGCGGCGCACGGGCUACCGCCAAGAGCUGCGUCCACGGGAGGCUUAGCGCCCACCCCAAUACAGCUAGAUGCCGCGCCUGAGAGCCGCGCGAUAUCAGAAUCCAACAAAGGCUACGAAACAAGCCUACCUGGAACCGCCGCGAAGACCACCAAACAGCCCGAAACUACCGCUAAGCCACUGACCAAGCCCGCACCUACGAAAUGGGCCACUAUUGCCACAAAUAACACCCAAUCUGGAGGAUGGAAAACCGUCCAGUAUAAGAAACAAGCCUUGGCACCCUCGAAGGCUCUGUCAACAACUAAUUUGAAGCCCGUAAGUACCCGGAGUAAGGAGGAGAGGCGCCUAAUCUUUAGACGACGAUAUCCUAAAGAUGCUCCUACCGCAUUGAAAGCCGAUAUCCUCUUAGCCCUUAACCGUGCCCUUGCUAAGGCAGGCUUUCCUGACUUUGUAAGAGCGGUCGAUUCUGGAUACGCAGCCUCAGGGGCCUUGACAGUGCUCCUAGAGCGAGGCACUCGCAGCAGCACCCUCGUGCCCGUCUACAACGAUACUCUACUAGCCGCUGUAAGGCAAACAGACCCGGUAGACCUCGCCAUGACCCGGACCGUGGGUCCCUCCUCGCGACCCGCGACCCUCCCCUCCGGAGGGUCGGGUCGUAGAUUGACGACCCUCACCGCACCUGAGGGUCAUAGAAUCUUUGGAGGGUCACCCGCCAAGCGACCCUCACGGCCCGCAUAUGCAUAA